AUGAUUGAUUUGUCUUUCUUCGAAGAGGCCCGCGGCCUUCUUAUGCACCCCAUCCCUGCCGCUCUCAUUGGGAAUGCCCCCGAGGCCUAUCGCGAAUUGCACAGAAGGUAUGGACAUAUUGUACGAACAGGGCCCGAGACAGUCGACAUCUCAGACCCGGCCGCGCUCGCCGUGGUGUAUGGUAUCAGUAGUGGUUUUCUCAAGUCUGCGUUUUACGACGUCUCCAGUCCUCUCUACGAAGACUCCCCGAUGGCGAGUAUGUUCUCAGUCCGCGAUCCAGCCCAGCACCGCGCAUUGCGACGACCGGUUGCACAGAAGUUCUCCAUGUCCUCAGUCAAACUGAUGGAGCCCCUUGUCAAUGAAUGCAAUGAGAUCUUUCUUCGUGCGAUGAGGAGCCAUGAGGGCCAGCCCGUUGAUCUAUCCACCUGGCUGCAAUGGUAUGCUUUUGACGUGAUCGGGGCCAUAAGCUUCCAGCGGCGAUUCGGCUUUAUGGAGGAACAGAGGGAUAUCAACGGGAUGAUAGGCGCCAUUGAUUCGGGCCUCCACUAUGCAUCAAUUAUUGGUCAAAUUCCGGCUGUUCAUCCGUGGGUGAUGGGGAGCCGUGUUGUCGCCAAAGUAUUGGAGAUGCAGCCAUUCUUUGAUAUUCCUAAUCCGCUGCGGACUAUUGUAGAGGAAUGCAUGGAGCAGUACAACCAGAAAUCCGCAUCGGAUCAUGACGGCAGACCGGACCUCCUCUCAUGGCUCCAGGCCCAGGAGGUCCAGGGGAAACCCAUGUCCCAUAGGGAUAUGAUCAAUCACCUCAGUAACAAUCUUCUGGCCGGAAGCGACACCACUGCCAUAUCACUACGAGCAAUCAUCUACUACCUGGUAAAAACCCCGCGAGUGUAUAGAAAGCUGCAGAAGGAGAUCGACGAGGCCGACCAGGCAGGAAAGCUUUCCCGGUAUGUAGCAUACGGCGAGUGCCUGGAGCUGGAAUACCUCCAGGCUGUAAUGAAAGAAGCAAUGCGCUGUCACCCAGGGGUAUCUUUCCCGCUUGAAAGAGUAGUCGUACCAGAGGGCGGGGCGGACCUCUGCGGAGUGCAUCUGGCCGCAGGAACAGUUGUAGGGAUCAAUCCGGCAGUGCUUCAUCACGACACGAGCAUCUUCGGGGACGAUGCUGACGAGUUUCGGCCCGAGCGGUGGAUUGAGUCAACCGAGAAACAGGUCAAGAUCAUGGAUCGACAUUUGCUGACGUUCGGCUACGGCUCGCGGACGUGCAUUGGGAAAAACAUCUCCAUGAUGGAGAUGGGCAAGCUUGUGCCGCAGUUGUUGCGGCACUUCGAGAUCGAGUGGGCUUCGGACGAGAACGAGUGGCGGGUCAAAACGUUUUUCUUUGCCAAGCAGCACGGAUUGGUUUGUAGGCUGACCUUGAGAAAUGUGUAG